AUGUUACCUGGUUGUGAUUACAAUCAUUGGCUGAUUGUUAUGCAGUUCCCUAAAGACCCUGCUCCUACUAGAGAACAAAUGAUUGAUACUUAUCUUGAAACUCUUGCUACUGUUUUAGGAAGCUCAAGUUUGGUUAAUGUUUUGGCGUAUGGAAAGGGUGGAAUGGAUCAAAUGCAAGACAUUAGCUUAGUAUUUCUACUCUAUAAGUUACUCUUGGCUGCGAAACCAUGGAAGAAGCAAAAAAGAACUUGUACCACAACCUACACUGGCUUCCAAUGUACUGUAGAUGAAGAAACAUCUGAAAAAUUCAAGGGAUUGCCUGGAGUUUUGUGGGUGUUGCCUGAUUUCGACAUAGAUGUUAAAAACAAGGAUUAUGGAGGGGAUAAGUAUAUCAAUGGUGAGAUUAUUCCUUGCAAGUAUCCCAGUUACCAAACUAAGCAAUGCAAUACGUCUAAAUAUGAAAGCAAAAGGUACAAGAGAAAGCGAGAUGGUCCUCCUGGAACUACCAGAAAACCAAGACAAGAGACCGCCCCCUCUGAAUCAUCCUCUUCAUGA